AUGGCAAAACUCACUGACGAUGCCGACUACGAUUCUGGCGAAACGUCUGGUAAUGUACCACGAAUACGGUCCGACUUUGGAAAGUAUCACGCAUACAAUGGACUCCGGACUAUGUCUGUUCCUCAAAGUGUUACUACCAAUAUGACCAAGUUGAGAAAACAAGGUCUAACAAUUUCUAUCCAACAUCCUGUUGAAAUCGGUCACGUUCGGUUCCUUCUCUUCCUCUCCUCUUCAUACCCCACAGGGUUUAACAUGUUAUAG